AUGAACUACAUCUAUGAUAAUAGUGACCGUAACCCCUCUGGGCUGACGGACGGAAACGGCCAGGAUGAGCUAGACUUUCCCUAUUUGUUCCCGUACAACCCUCAGGAUGAUCAAGAAGACCCUGGUCACCCUUCCCGCCAUGAUCCUCAUGGCCAUCAGGACCAUGAAUCCCCUCACCAGUUCCCUUACCACCAGCACACUGCCAGGGACCUUAUUGAGGAUGAGUCCCCUGAUCUGAGAGAGCUGUUGGGCUGUGCCGACCAACCUUUUCCCCAGCCUGGAGCUCCAGGGGCAUCCGCCAGUCCCAGGAUUGAGAUAACCUCCCACGACCAGCACCAUCAACACCGGGAUCAUGUGCACACAGCGCCGGUGGAUAUUGGCCCACGUCCCACACUCACCGUGCCGGGCUACGACAACUCGGCGUACAGAGAGGCCUGUCUGAGCCCUGCCAGCAGUAACUCCUCCACCAGCUGGCAGUCAGAGGUCUAUUCGCCUCUGGCCUCUCCCUGUGUCUCCCCUGGUACGGGUGGGGGUUUGGGGGCUAUGACCGUGGCCGACCUGUGCCCGAAGUUCCAGGCGAUUCACGCGACUUCGGCGGGCAACUCGCCCCGGACCUCUCCAACCAACUCCCCCCGCACCAGCAUCACCGAGGACACCUACCUGAAUCGGCGUGCAUCAUCACCUCGGCCGGGCUCCCGGUCAGCCUCGCCACAGGGCAAACGCACUUACGCCCAGUACGAGAACCCCAGUCUGGUGAACCAACGACCCCAGAGUCCCUCUCCCCAAUGCAGGCGAGAGGAACCGGCUCGUGUUGAACCAUACAUCACGCACGCCAACCUGCAUGAGCUAGGGAACAGCUUCAACUCCAGCCUGACCAAACCUGUCCCCAACAAGAUGGUGAGACCCAAUCAAGAGGGAGUCAUCUACAGGGAGAGCCAAUUAGAGCAGCGCGUGUUUCCGUAUGAGGAGGUGAAGAGAGAGCCUGGAAUGGAGCCCUUGUACGUCAUGCCGUUCUCUUGGCACAAUCAGCUGCUACCAGGGGUCUGCAGUGUGCCCGUGGCAUCUGUGCCCGCUCUGGAGUGGCCGCUGCCCAGCGCUGCUGAGCAGCAUGAGCUCCGAAUCGAGAUCCAGCCCAGGCAGCACCAUCGCGCCCACUAUGAGACCGAGGGCAGCAGGGGAGCCGUGAAAGCACACUCUGGAGGCCAUCCAGUCGUACAGCUGCAUGGUUACAGAGGAGCGGAGCCCCUGGCGUUGCAGGUUUUCAUCGGCACGGCAGACGAGCGUGCCCUGAGGCCACACGCCUUCUACCAGGUUCACCGCAUCACUGGCAAAACCGUCACCACCUGCAGCCAAGAGAAAAUGGUCAGCGGAACCAAGGUUCUAGAGCUGCCCCUGGAACCGAAGGAGAAUAUGCGAGCUGUGGUGGACUGUGCUGGCAUCCUGAAACUGAAGAAUGCUGAUAUUGAGCUGAGGAAGGGAGAGACAGAUGUGGGGAGGAAGAACACACGUGUCAGACUCGUCUUCCGUGUCCACGUGCCUCAGCCUGGAGGACAGUGGCUGUCUCUGCAGGUGGCUUCCCAGCCCAUAGAGUGCUCCCAGCGCUCGGCUCACGAGCUGCCGGCCGUGGAGAGACAAGAUGUGGACCACUGUUCAGUUCUGGGCGGCCUUCAGAUGAUUCUCACCGGGCAGAACUUCACCUCUGACUCCAGAGUAGUCUUCACUGAGAAGACUCACGAUGGCCUGCAAAUUUGGGAGGCAGAAGCCACUGUGGAUAGAGACAAGAGCCAAGCUAGCAUGCUCUUUGUGGAGAUACCUCCUUAUCGAGACCAAAACAUCUACCAUCCGGUCAAAGUCAACUUUCACGUGCUCAACGGGAAGAGAAAACGCAGCCAACCUCAACACUUCACUUACACUCCGCUGACAGUUCCAUUCAUUAAAACGGAGCCCGUUGAUGAAUACCAGUUUGGUCAACUGGGGUGUGCCGUGUCUCAGAUCCUGGGGGUCUCUCCACACUCCCGCCAUCACACCAGCCAGAUCUCCCCAGACAGCUGUUCCAUGCCAGGCAUGUCCGCCCGCCAGCCGGUCGGCUCCAGUGUGUACCCUCCUGCCUCAGAAUACCAGGUGCCGUACCCAUCUGUCCGUUACCCAAGUCAGGCCCACUCCCUCGGUACCAGCCCAACGGCUCACUACCUACCCCGCUCAGACCUAUCGGGCCUAGGCACCUCUCCCGUCCGGGUGACCCAUAUCGAUGCCCAGCAGUGCCCGACUUCAGUCUCUCAGUUUGGCGCCUCUGGCUAUGUGCAGCAGCACCAGCGGGUGAUCGUGAGUGAAGGUUACCAGACUGCCACGUCUCAGUUCCACACUCUCGACGUGUCAGAUCUCUGCUCCUCUGCGGCUCCCCAGCGGCCAGCUGGACCGAGACUGGGCCCACCAGGCCAGAACCGCAGCCCUCAUCAGAGCUUCCCGCCACCUGGGACGCAGAGAUCCAGUGUCCCAGCUGGAGUCAGAAUAAAAGAGGAGAAUCUGGACCAGGCUUAUCUAGAUGAUGUGAAUGAUAUUAUCAGAAAGGAUCUGACUGUCCUCAGCAGUGACCAGUGA